CCAACAACCACCCACCAGUCUCUUUCUCUUAAUAUUAAACCUAUACAUACACAAACAUGUAUCUAAAUCCUCCAUAUCUUCAACCCCCCUAUAUAUAGCCACCCAUUAGUUUCUCUUCACAUCCCAUUGCUCGUCUCAUAAACCCAUCACACAUUUGACAUUUUUCAACAAAUUCUUACAUUCCAAGGUUUUUUGAGCGAGCACCAUGGCGACAGGGCAACUUUUUUCCCGUACGACACAAGCGUUGUUCUAUAACUAUAAGCAACUACCGAUUCAGAGGAUGCUUGAUUUUGACUUCCUUUGCGGGAGGGAAACACCUUCAGUUGCUGGGAUCAUUAACCCGGGUGCCGAGGGAUUUCAGAAACUAUUUUUUGGGCAAGAAGAGAUUGCCAUUCCCGUUCAUUCUACUAUCGAAGCAGCUUGUGCAGCACAUCCUACUGCCGAUGUUUUUAUAAAUUUUGCAUCAUACAGAAGUGCUGCUGCUUCGUCCAAUCUUGCUCUUAAACAACCGACAAUCCGAGUAGUGGCUAUUAUUGCUGAGGGUGUUCCUGAAGCGGACACCAAGGAAUUGAUCGCAUAUGCAAGAGCAAACAACAAGGUUGUCAUUGGCCCUGCGACUGUCGGCGGUAUCCAAGCCGGAGCUUUCAAAAUCGGCGACACUGCCGGGACAAUCGAUAACAUCAUACAAUGCAAACUUUACAGGCCUGGAUCCGUUGGAUUUGUCUCCAAAUCUGGUGGCAUGUCAAAUGAGUUGUACAAUACAAUUGCCCGUGUGACGGAUGGAAUUUAUGAAGGUAUUGCUAUUGGAGGAGACGUUUUUCCCGGUUCUACUCUUUCUGAUCAUGUUUUGCGGUUCAACAACAUUCCUCAGGUGAAAAUGAUUGUUGUGCUUGGUGAACUUGGCGGUCGAGAUGAGUACUCCUUAGUUGAAGCCCUUAAAGCCGGAAAAAUUAAUAAGCCCGUAUGCGCUUGGGUCAGUGGAACUUGUGCCCGCCUCUUCAAGUCCGAAGUCCAAUUCGGGCACGCGGGGGCCAAGAGUGGAGGUGAAAUGGAGUCUGCACAAGCUAAAAACCAAGCACUUGGGGACGCUGGGGCCAUUGUCCCGACAUCAUAUGAAGCAUUUGAAACUUCAAUCAAGGAAACGUUCCAGAAGUUGGCUGAGGAGGGCAAGAUUAGCCCGAUUAAGGAGUUCACGCCUCCACAAAUCCCUGAGGAUCUUAACAGCGCGAUUAAGAGUGGGAAAGUGCGAGCACCAACUCAUAUUAUUUCAACUAUUUCUGAUGACAGAGGGGAAGAGCCGUGCUAUGCUGGUGUACCGAUGUCUACCAUUAUUGAAAAAGGAAUGGGUGUCGGUGAUGUUAUUUCACUUUUAUGGUUUAAACGCAGUCUCCCUCGAUACUGCACACAAUUCAUCGAGAUUUGCAUCAUGUUAUGUGCUGAUCACGGGCCAUGUGUAUCCGGUGCUCACAACACAAUCGUGACCGCAAGGGCAGGAAAAGAUCUCGUCUCGAGCCUUGUUUCUGGUUUGCUAACGAUUGGUCCACGUUUCGGUGGUGCCAUUGAUGAUGCUGCUCGGUACUUCAAAGACGCUUACGAUAGGAAACUUUCACCAUAUGAGUUCGUUGAAAGUAUGAAAAAGAAGGGUAUUCGUGUGCCCGGAAUAGGUCACAGGAUAAAAAGAGGGGAUAACAAAGAUAAGAGAGUGGAACUAUUACAACUAUUUGCGCGCACCAAUUUCCCAUCAACAAAAUACAUGGAAUACGCGGUUGAAGUAGAAACUUACACUCUCUCAAAGGCAAACAACUUAGUGAUGAAUGUUGAUGGUGCCAUUGGUUCCCUUUUCUUGGAUCUUCUUGCCGGUAGCGGGAUGUUCACCAAACAAGAAAUUGAUGAGAUUAUUUCCAUCGGUUACCUUAACGGGCUCUUUGUUUUGGCCCGUUCCAUCGGUCUAAUCGGGCAUACGUUCGACCAGAAGAGACUGAAGCAACCGCUAUACCGUCACCCAUGGGAAGAUGUUCUUUACACCAAGUAAAGCAAGCAAUCCACCAUUGUUGGCAUCUGCAGAUGACUGUUUGUGUUUUGUCUGUUUGUAACAUUUAGCUUAUUAAGGUGUUUCUAUAUUCAUAUAUUGUUUGUCUCCUGAAACCAAGCUUAUUAUGUAGUUCUUUUUGUUUUAUGUUGAAUAAAGACUUCGUUUUAGUAGAAAUGUCUAGUUUGAGAUGAUGGUA